CUGCCUCUGGCCCACGCACUGGGCGACGACGUCCAGAGCAGCCAUUGAGCCGUUCCCAGGCACAACAGCAGCAGCAGCUACAGCAGCUGCAACAGCAGCCGCAGCGCGAACAACAACAGCGACAGCAGCAGCAGCAGCUUGCCAACAACCGCUCCCGGCAGAAGAUGAAGCCGAAACGCCAAUCUUGCGAGGGAUCCUGCAGCCAGGCACUGUUGGAGAAUACGCAGAGGAUGACGCGAUUGGAAAAGAGGCUGGAAGCGAUGAUGUCACUACUCACCUCGCUCAUCCAAUCCCAGGCAGUGACGGCAACUCCAGCAGUUCCAGUGACAUCGGGUAAUCCACCAACAAUCGCAGCAGCAACAGUGGCUGCCCCAGCUCCACAGCCACCACAAGAAACGUUAGGGCCAACGCCAGCCGCCACUCCAGAGACGGAUCCUGAAACGGACGAAGAAAACGAUGACGAUGAGAUGUGGACAGAUGACGACUCCAUGGAUGACAUUAAGGCCUACGCCCGCAACAUGAGGUACCUUCUUGACAACCAGAUAUCCUGGAACGCUGUGUACUAAUUGGACACAUCUCUGCCACUGCAACGGAUUAAAAGACAAAUGCAUAUCAAUCGCAUGCCACAACAAAACUGAACAACGGACGCUGCCGCCAUCAAAGCAAUUAAAUAAAACAUCAACACACACACACACAUCCAUUACUCUUGGGCGGCCGGACCUGUGCCGAUCGAGUAGGUGUGUCGUUCUCCGCCAUUGCCCUCAUCUGGUUGCUGGAACCAGGUGCCGUGGCAUUCAGAGUGCCAUGUGUACCUGGAAUGGAUAUACACACACACACACAUAAACAUCCACUACACUUGGGCGGCCGGACCUGUGCCGUUCGAGUUAUGCCAUCGCCAUCGUCCUUAGUUGGUGGCCGGAUCCAGUGCCAUGGCAUUCAGAGUGCCCUAUGGACCUGGAAAAGGAAAAAUCCAUCAGCCACAAAUACGAUUAAAAAGGGCGCUCAAAAAUACAUAACG